GAGCGUCUCCCCUUCGCAAAGCUCGUUCCUCUUGGGGCAGAAAUACAACCGGUGCAGAGAGCCUGAGCCUGAAGAGGGUGCAGUGAGAAGGCUGCGCUUUCCCUGCAGAAUUCCUGCGCAUCCACACGGCGGCUAAACCGGCACAAGGGAACAAGGCCUAACGCCGCCACCGCCGCCACCACAAGAAAACGCUUACAGUAUUUCCGCGGCCUUGCUCUGUUUGGGAGGCGGGCAGAAAGCAACAAGUCUACCGCGAUAGGAGAGAGGCAGGCGGGUGGGAGGGAGAAGAAGGGAAGGAAGGCGACUCUCCCUCCUCCCGCACAGGAAACACGCGGAGGGCCAGCUUCUGCUCACGCUGCAACGCACGUGUCACUCCGCGCGCCCAAGCAGGAUCAUGCCCAAGAAAGGAGGAAGACGAGCUGCAACAGAGAAGGAACAAAGCUUGCCAUGUAAACAAGCAAAAGUGGAAGCAACCUGCCCUUGGCUUAUGAAAUGUGACCAUCCAGAAAGCAUAUUUGAAAGUUUGAUCUCUCCUGUCAAACAAGAUGAAUUUUUCAGAGAAUAUUGGGAACAGAAGCCAUUGCUGCUUCAGAGAGAGGAGCCUUCUGUGGCAUUGUACUACCAAUCUCUUUUUCACUUAACUGACCUGAAAGACAUGGUCAAAGAGGGUUUGUACUAUGGAAGGGACAUUAAUGUCUGCAGAAGUAUGAAUGGGAAAAAAAAGAUUUUUAACAAACAUGGCAAAGUUAGCUAUGAACAGCUGAAGAAAGACUUUGACCAGAAAAAGGCUACAAUACAAUUUCACCAGCCCCAGAGAUUUAAGGAUGAGCUCUGGAGAAUCCAGGAGAAGCUGGAAUGCUACUUUGGCUCAUUGGUUGGAUCUAACAUUUACAUUACCCCUCCGGGGUCCCAAGGCCUGCCACCACACUACGAUGAUGUUGAGGUGUUUAUCCUACAGUUGGAAGGAAAGAAGCACUGGCAACUCUAUAAGCCUACUGCACAUUUAGCUCAAGAAUACAACACUGAGCCCGAGGAGAAGAUAGGGACUCCAACACACGACUUCAUAUUAAAGCCAGGAGACCUGCUAUAUUUUCCAAGGGGGACCAUACAUCAAGCUGACACACCUCCUGGGAUAUCACAUUCUACUCAUGUGACCAUCAGCACCUGUCAGAACAACUCUUGGAGAGAUUUUUUGCUGGACGUGGUUCCUGGACUAGUGUUGGAUACGGCGAAAGAGGAUGUUGACUUUCGGAAGAGCAUUCCAAGGCAGUUACUGAUGAAGGCGGAUUUGUCUGAUUCAUCCAAGCAAUUAAGUGGCUUCCUGAGAUGCCUUGCAGACCGUCUGGAAAAUGGUAGAGAAUUGAGGUCAUCCGACAUGAAAAAAGACCUCAUUAUGAACAGAUUACCUCCUUUCUUGGGGACUAGCUUUGACUCUCUGGCUCCAGGUGGAGCACUACCAAAAAUAGACAGUACAAUCAGGUUACGGUUUAAAGACUACACAGUAAUUACAGUGGAACCAGACCUUUUGGAAGAGUCUUGCAAAGAAAUGGUUUUUGUCUAUCACUCUUUAAAGAACAAGAGGCAAGCCCAUAUGAUGGGGGAUGAGGAUAUGAAUGAGGAUGGAAAAGCAGAGACUCAUGGGUUACGAUUUCCGCUAUCACACAUGGAUGCGCUGAAGCAAAUUUGGAGCAGUAACACUGUCCAUGUUAAAGAACUGAACCUGACUUCAGAUGCAGAAAAAGAGAACUUGGUGGUAUCAUUGUGGAGUGAAUCGCUCAUUGAAGUAGUCUAGAGGCAUGAUCCAGCCAAAGUUAAGUACUCAUAGGUCUCUUAGAUGUUGCUGGGAGAAUCAAGUGUGGCCUUUAAUUAAAAUAGAAGGGACCUAAGGCAUGAGCCAGCCAAAGUUAAAAGUGCUUAAAUCUGCCAUUGCACAGAAACAGCAAAAUGUUACCUCAGGCAUACAAAGGCUUUUUACAUAGUUUUUGUACGCGUAGUAAGGGUACUAUUAGGUUUGUUGAACAUAAAAAUACCACACAGGAGGGUAAAUGGAGAAGCUGUGGGCCUCCAGGUGUUGUUGGACUCCCAAGGCAACGGGAGAUGUGGGGAGCUGCAAGUUCAGCAUCCCUGGUGCAAAGUAGGAAUGAAUGGUUCAUGCUGUUCCUGGUGUCAGCAGUGACAUAUAUGCAGUGCUACCUCGGUUUACGAACUUAAUCCAUUCCGGAAGUCCGUUCUUAAACCGAAACUGUUCUUAAACUGAGGCACACUUUCCCUAAUGAGGCCUUCCGCCGCCGGUGCCCUUCCACCGUUUGGAUUUCGUUCGUAGACCAAGGUAAAGUUUGCAAACUGGGACACUACUUCCGGCCUUGCGGAGUUCGUAAACCAAAUCAUUCGUAAACAGGGCUGUUCUUAAACCGAGGUACCACUGUACACCUAAAGGAAGGAGGCCUGGUCUUGCCAUACAAAAGUAAUUUGCUUUCUAAAAGUGACAUCCCAAAUUGUGGAUAGUGCCAUGGGCUGCAAACAUAAAAGUAUCGGCCCUUUUUGGGGGUGAAAGUGUGCUUUGUUGUACAGAAAAAGCCAACCUAUUGCACUGCAUCUCAUAAACGAUGCAUCAUGUAAUUAGUUGCAUGAAUAAUCGACAGUAAAAGCACAAAGGAGCAGAAGCCAGUUUAUAAUUAUCUGCCCAUGCUAUAUGAUACAGAAUUACCCGAGUGUAACUAUUAAAGGUGUAUAAAUUGAGAAGAACCAGACACACAUAAAUAUGUGAUAACAGUAUAGCAUCACAAUAAGUAAGAACGGAACGUUGUUACUUACUGUGAUGCUUCCUCCUUGUUUGGUAGGCUAAGGUUGUGGGUUGUGUCUUUCCCGUUUGCCUAUUGUGUGCGCUUGCACCAUGGGAGGCUAGAAAGAGACUGAAAUAACUGUGGUUCUUGCACACUUUAUCAUUUGCCUUCCUUUCUAGCCAGGCAACAACUGGAUGGAAAACUACCAUGUGGUUCAGUUUGCUUCACUGAUCAAUUAAUAUCUGGGCAGCACCUCCCAUAGAUGAGUACGUGGGGCAGGUGUGAGUAUACGUUUUAAAUGCUGCUUCAUCCUUAAAAUUGUGUACUGGUGUUGUGAACAAAACCCAGGAGGCCUUUACCACAUUCUUGCCCACCUCACCCCCAAAUGCAAAGCAUUGUCUGUUCUAUUGUUUAUGCCUGCUGCUAUCCUUUACAAUUUAGAGUGACUGCCCCCCCACCCCCAAAUACUGUGAUAUUGUACUUAUCAUGCAAGUUUCCUUGUAAUGGCUUGGCACCACAAGGUAGCUACCUUUAUAUAAUGAAAGGUUUGAAAUGAUAUUUAGCAAACAAAGCAAUGCAUCUUGUGUAACAAAAAUAAAACUGCGGAUACUAUUUUGAAGUAUUUUUAAUCCAAUAGCACAGAGAAAUGUCAACUAUAUACACUAUGUAUGAGGUCACUUUUGGACAAAAUGUGAUAACUGGCAUUCUGGUUUGUAGGGGGAGGGGAAUUCUCCCUUGCAUCAUUUAAAAAAGAUUAUUGCAGUUUGCGAUAAAUAUACCAUGAACAGGAUAAAGGCAAUCUACCCCUUCAACACUUUAUAUACAUUAAAUAUACAUACGUACAUUCCAGUCAGAAUGACCCUCUAAACGCUACAACCUAAGUUUUGUCUCUCUGUAGGUACAAGCCUUGUGGAUAGAAAUAGUCCCACAGGUGCAAUAGAGCUGUUUUGGUCCCUAAUACCACCAUGUCUAAUGAAGUUACUGGUCUUUCAAAGCACCAAUCUGUAAGUCCUUCACUUUUGGGAGCUGUGCCUGUGGUGGGACUAGAGCAAAAUACAGUCGUACCUUGGAAGCCAAACGGAGUCUGUUCGACUUCCAAAACGUUCGGCAACGAAAGCAUGGCUUCCGAUUGGUUGCAGGAGCUUUCUGCAUGCAAUCGGAAGCCAUGUCAGAUGUUUGGCUUCCAAAUAAUGUUCGCAAACCGGAAUACUCAUUUCUGGGUUCGCGGCGUUUGGGAGCCAAAACAUUCGGCUGGCAAGGCGUUCGGCUUCCAAGGUACGACUGUAUCCUAAAAGUCUUCUGCACUUAAGAGUGCAACUCCAUUCACGCUUACUUAGAUUUCCGUUGAAUCAGGCUUACUCCCACUAAGUGGGGUUUUUCUUGCAGUCAUAGUUACAUAACACUGAUAUACCAAAUGAGAGCAUCCUAUUUGAGGUUGACUGGAUUUUACAUAGGCUUGAAAGCACUUUAAAAAAAGUAUUAAAUAUAGUUUCAGAAUUGUUUGAAUUUAGCAUACACAAAUUCCAUCUAUUAAAUAAGUGCUUCAGAUGAAAAUACAUUUAAAGAUCCUAGUGAUGUAAAAAUGAAAAAGUAGGUGUAUUAUUUAUUUUACAAUCUAAAGUGCUAUUAGGAUGCAGUGCACACACAUAUGCAGCAUUUCACCCUGCACAGCUCCCUUGGCUCUAGAAAAACAAGGAUUUUUUUUUAGGAUACAAAGACUGAACUGCUGGUAGAGGUUGUGCAAGAGCCAGUCAAGGCUGCUGUUUGAGCUAUUGCAACAGUUUGCAGCCCAGGGAGCCCCUGCUGCUCCUGCAAGCAGUGACGGGAGAUGUGGCAAGGUCUGUUGUGUCUCCAUAAUGUAUGUGGUUGAUGGCACCAUGCAGCAGAGUUGUGGCUCAAGCCCUUAGGUAGAUGUUAAUAUAUUAAGAAUACCAUAUCUUCAUUAUAAAAAUAGGUUUUUCCUCCAAAGUUCUUACUUUUUCCUUGAGUUCACAGCAUAACUGUGCAGCUGCAGCAAAUAUGAGAAAUCUAGUCUUACACCGUUUGGUUUUAGCUAUUCAAGCGUGAUGUUCAAUUGUUUCCAAAAAAUACAUUAAGGUAUACAGAAAUAACAAAAAGAUCCAGCUUCCAGGUGCAUAACACAGUUGCAUGGAAAGCUCCAUGUGCAAACAAGCCCUGAACAUGUGGCCACUAUUUUCAUUUAUUAACAUAAGAGGUUGCAUACCUCAAGCCCUUUAAAAGUGGUUAAAAUUCUGCUAAAUUCAGUCCCUGUGGCUCCUCAUUUCCUGCCAAAGCAGCCAGUCAGAAGGAUUUUAAAUACUAGGGGCUCCAGACACACUGGAGUGAACAACUGCAAGAAACAUCUGCAGUAUUAGACUGAAAAUUUAGUUUUAAACUCAAACUUAAAUUGGAAUUGUGCAAAACAAUCUCUAUCAUGAGAGCAAAGAGGAUAGGUUCUCACAGGAUGGGCAGAAGCAGAGCCCCAAGUCUGAAUUUAUCUUCUACUGGAAUUUGCAUAUCCUUUUACACUUAGGUUUUCCAUAUUUUUGGAAAGUUUUUUUUAUUAUUAUUUUUAAAAAACAAAGUUGCAUAAGUAAAGCGGUACAAAUAGUGCUGGUGCAACUUUCCAGAAAACAGCUGAAUGCGUUGUGUUGACUUGUUCUCUAGUGGAUGAACUACGCUAAGGCUUGGAGCUUUGUUAAGUUUAUCGAACACUUUGGACGUUCUGAUUUUAGUAACUCAUAAGUGGAAGGGGGGAAAACCAAAGCACAAUCCAGCCAAAGUUAAUCACGGCAAAAA